UGGCAGUCCCUGAACUUCCCUGCUGCGCUCCUAUUGUUCGAUCAUCACUCUCCCCCGUCAGCUCCUUGCUUUUUUCUUCUUUUUUGUCUCGUCGUAUCUCGAAGGGUUCCAUUUCCUCCGAUCAGAUGCGACCAGGGUGUUAGUUACCACAUGGCACAAUGGGUUUAGUUUGCUGUUUGUCUGGUGAUGAAUCCUCGCUACUCAACUCCGUAAUCUGUCUAUAUCGCCAAUUUAUCUGUUGCCAUGCAUGACUUGCUCGGAUCGUGGUUGAAGCAAAUCUCGUCUAUGCGACGCCAUGUCCUCGGUGAAGAGCGACGCUGGGCCAGAAGCUCCGAUCCACCAUGAAUCUGAGGAGGCAGCAGCGAAGGAUGAAGGUGACUCCUACGAUCAAGAAAUGCAACAGGGCUCCACAGCUAGCCCGACGAAGUGCUCGAUAUGCCAGAGUACCUUUCGACGACCGGAGCAUUUGAAGCGCCAUUUUCGCAGCCAUACAAAAGAGAAGCCGUUCGAAUGCGCGCAGUGUGGCCGUCAUUUCUCGAGAACAGAUACACUGCACCGUCAUGAGCUCAGCCACCACAACGCUGGAAUAGAAGGUGGGAAGGAUCGCACCCAUCGCAUCACGGUAAAGACAUUCCGGGCGUGCUUCAAAUGCGCACUUGCACGAGUGCGAUGCAGUGGCGGGACGCCAUGUGCGCGCUGCGAGAACCGGUCUCUCGAAUGUCUGUACCCAACUGAGAGACGUUCGAAAGCUAAAGCCCGAAAAGAGGCAGCGCAGUCAGGCUUGGCCCCAGACGAAGACUUUAACGGGCAGUCUUCUUUUGCCAUAACAUCCACAUCUGCUGAAGGUUCUGCUGCACGAUCCCCGCACAGUGGGGACACGUCUCUUGCAAAGCCUCUUCAUUACCGAAUGACACAGUUCCAGCUUCAAUUGCCAGGACCCGGCCUCCUCAACAGGAAUGACAAAUCGCCGUCUGUAGAUCCGGUUGUUUCACAUCAAAGCGAGGCUCCAGAGAAAUUGUUGAACGACUCUCCGAACAAUGGGCCAGAGGGCAAUGCGAUGAAGCAGUCAACUCGGCCCAACUUGCUCUCUUCCCGGGGGGAAUUUGAUAUGACCCAAGUUACGCCCCAUGGACCUAGUGGCGACAGUUCUGAGCAAGCAAGAUCACGCAGGUCUUUAUCUGCCAUCCAGGGCAUACACUUGUUAAAUCAGACAACCGAGCCCGUGAGCUCAGCGAGCGUCCCACAUCCAGUUUCAGCCAGCCAUGGCAGUGACACGAGAAUACCAACAAUAGGACAGCAAGGAGCGCUCGGCUCAUUAGGACCAUUCUUGGACACGAUGAACUCAGCUGUUCCUGCGAUGAACUGGCUUCCCGGGGAGGGGCCCUACGAUACAUUCAUCGAGCGCACUCCUACAGCGGAAGCCCGUGAUGGGUUCAUGAACUAUGCAACAUGGUAUCCCCCGGCGGUCCAUCCAACUAACGGAAGUCAAGACAACAUUUUCAAAUCUCCGUUAGGACACACCUCACUAGUCAGCGACAAGAACAGCCCUAACAACUCGGGUCGUUCAACGUUCUCCAGCGCUACGAAACGACCGGCAGACCUAUCAGAGGACACAGCUCAACUUCGACUGUCAAAAUCCAGACGACACCAAGAUGUCUGGUCAGACUUCUCCGCAAUGUCCCCUGAUGGCUUCAGUUCUCGAGGUAGAGAAAAUUUGCCCCGUCGAUUUAUGUUCCCUAUGAUUGAAGACACCGCCAUGCACGAUAUUCAAAUUGGUCCAAGUCUUCUGAUUGGGAUAUCGACCUACGAAAAGAUUCACAAAGCUUUCGUUCAGCUGUGUUGCGCCGAAAGUGUCGUUUUCUCGCGAUUCGAGUCCGAGUAUUUGCCAAGUGCAACUGUACUUUCCGAAUUUGUCCACCUCUACUUUCACCAUUUCCAACCCGUCUAUCCUAUGUUUCACCUUCCUACAUUUAGUACAAACACAUGUCACUGGAUAGUGACAUUGGCGUUGGCGGCAAUAGGUAGCCACUAUGCUAGGCUCCACGAAUCAGACGAAUGUGUUUCUGCGCUCCACGAGCUUCUUCGUCGAGCUAUCAUGGUCGAGAAGGAAAAGUCCUGUCAAGACCAGGCACCACUCUGGCUUGUUCAAGCAAAGCUUCUCAAUUGCAUUGGAUUGCUCUAUAACAGUGAUGAAUGGGCUAGAGUCUCUGCCCUCGACCGAUUCGGUGAUUUGACUAGUUUAUUGAAUCGGACCAAGCUAUUGAAGUCUCCCCGACAAUUUAAAUUAAUAUCGCAUGACAAGCCAUCAGAGCAGAACUGGCUGGGCUGGAUUGAGGACGAGGUCAGACGACGGACGGCCUACUUAGUAUGGCUUGUGGACUGUACUAUAGCCUAUCACUUCGAUCGACAGCCCUCCUUCUCGCUUGAGGACGCGCAAGCAGCGCUUCCCGCUCAUGAGAGACUCUGGCAAGCAGAGUCAGCCCAUGCUUGGCAGGGGACCUUUGAACAGAAUUCAGGCCAACCCGAGCUCUCUCUAUACGAUGCGGUAUUGAUUAUGUACAUUGAAAAGCGACUCGUGCCCGAUCUGGGGGAGUUGGGUCAUAUCCUGCUGAUCCAUGCUCUCUACCAACGCAUGUGGGAAGUCGGCGACUACUUUCGCCGACCAUUGUCUUUCUGGAACCCGACCGCUAAGAAACAGUCUCGGCAAACGGCGAUCCCUUCGGGCUCUGUCUGGCUUCCCGGGAUCCCCUCGUAUUCGAAGUGGCGUAACAGUGCAUGCGACUCUCUGGACAUACUCCACUGGGCCGCCAACAGCACGGUCGCUACAGCGGCUGACCUCCGCAACCCAACAAUACAGCACCUUCACUCGGCUCGGAUCGUUCUACUUGCACCCUUCCGUGAGAUUCGAUCGCUAGCCCACUCGCUCGUGACGGAAAAGGUUCGCUGGAGCGAACGUCACCAGAACCUGGAAUGGCACUACAUACUCCGAUGGGUCAAACAUGAUCAAUACAAGGCCCGGCUCACGAUCAUCCAUGCCGGCGCAACCCUGCUUCAUGCGCGGGGGAACACCAGCCAUGCGUUCCACGAGCCGGUCGCUGUGUUCCUGGCGACACUGGUGCUGUGGGCUUAUGGCUCAUGCUGUGCUCAACUCGCCGACCGGGCGCGACCUGCUACCGGGAAGGAUACCGUUAUACACCUCGAUCAGCCUUGCGAUGACGAGCUGGUCCAAAUCUUUGUGAGGGAAGGACAAGCUAUCCAGGGAGUGCUGACGGGGGUGGGUGAUAUCUGCGCGCCGCAGGGCCCUGCUGGGGUUCUGCGCGCCGGUAGCGAGACAUUUGUCGAUCUGAUGUCAUGGGGCAUAUCCAGGAAACUCAAGUCUAUUCUUUCCAAACUGGCCGAUUUGGUCUCGCAAGUUUGAGCUGUACUGCGGUACGUUGGUGUCCUUGGCCACCAAAGCUGCAUUUAUAUACAUACACAUACAACCGCAAACAAACACAUACAUUUCACUUUGC